AUGGCGCAAUAUGAUGUCCUCGUCACAGGCUCGUCGGGCCAUUUGGGCCAUGCCCUCAUGAUAACACUGCCAUCACUCGGAUUCACCCCAAUUGGAAUCGACAUUCUCGCUUCUGCUACGACUACUUGUGUCUGCUCAGUAACAGACCAAGAGAUUAUUGCCGAAAUCCUUCAAAAACACCCCAUCAAGCACAUUCUUCACACGGCGACUCUCCACAAGCCUCAUGUUGAAUCUCACACCAAAGACGACUUUGUGCAAACAAACAUCGCAGGAACUCUGGUCCUACUCGAAGAAGCAACAAAGCUCGGGAAUCAACUAGAAAGUUUCGUCUUCUUCAGCACAACCAGCGCCUUCGGAAGCGCUCUCAGCCCCAAGCCCAGCUCUCCAGCGGCAUGGAUAGACGAAACCGUCACACCCAUCCCCAAAAACAUCUACGGCGUGACAAAAGUCGCCGCUGAGGAUAUCUGCCAGCUCUUCCACAAACAGCAUAAACUGCCGAUUCUUGUCCUUCGCACGAGCCGCUUCUUCCCGGAGCAAGACGACGACGAAGACCGACGCAACUCAAUGGAAGAUGACAACUUGAAGGUCCUGGAGAUGGCAUAUCGCCGCUGCGAUAUCAAGGACAUUGUAUCAGCAACGGUAUGCGCAAUGAGCAAGGCGAGGCAAAUUGGUUGGUCGAAAUACAUCAUCAGCGCACCGCCACCUUUCUCAAACGAUGCGGAGACGCUGGCUGCGCUAGAUAGGAACCCAGAAGAAGUGAUUAAUAGAGUGGCGCCUGAAGCUGCGGCGGUAUUUCGUGAGAAAGGAUGGAAAUAUUUGGAUCGAAUGGAUCGUGUGUAUGAUUCGAGCAAGGCGGUUCGCGAACUUGGCUGGGAGCCUGAAUACACGUUUUCGCGGACGAUUGAGAGGAUAUCUCGAGGAGAGGACUGGCGUAGCGAUCUGGUUGGAAUUGUGGGAAAGAAGGGAUAUCAUUCUGUCAGUCAUGGAGUGUAUACUGCGUAG